GCGCGAUCUUCCAGCCUUUCCUGGUCACUUCUCAUUGCGACAAGUGACUGCUGCCUGUCUAACCAUGAAGCGAUUCUCGACGGCAUGUGUGGUUGCUGCUGCUUCACUUGGCCUCGUGGAAGGUGCCAACGACCACCAAGACCGGUGCACAGCCAUCCUGGUUGGCGCCAAGGCGUCGGUGACUGGAACGCCAAUGACGACCCACAGCAACGAUUGCUCGGAUUGCGACUUUCGCCUGGUCAAAGUACCUCCCAUGACCCACGCUCCUGGUGCCAUGCGCGACGUGCUGCUGUUUGCAUCGCAAUACCCGCGUUACGUCGGCAACGCAAGAGGUUACGGGUACGCCCGCGACCGACUGGAUCCGUUGAGUGGCUUCACCAACUGGACAGACACGGUUCCAAUAGCGCAAAUCCCCCAAGUGAACACCACGUUUGGGUACCUCGAAGGCGUGUACGGAAUCAUGAACGACCAGCAGCUGGCCAUGGGCGAAAGCACGUGUGGCGCUAAAUUCUACGCCAAACCCGUCGGACAUGGCGGGGCUGCGUACUUUGAUGUGACAGAGUUGACUCGCCUCGCGCUAGAACGGACGGCUACGGCGCGCGCAGCCAUUGCCCUCAUGGGCCAAUUGGCAGAAACGUAUGGGUACUAUGGCAUGUUCUGGGACGACAGCAAUGUCGGAGCUGACCCGGCUAGCUGCGCGGGCGAAGCGCUGACGAUCGCGGACGCGACGGGGGACGCUUGGAUGUUUCACAUUUUGCCAGAUGACACAGGGACAUCGGCGGUGUGGGUGGCCCAGCGCGUGCCAGACACACACAUCACGGCGGUCGCAAAUGAGUUUGUGAUCCACAGCGUCGACUUGGCCGACUCGGACAACUUUAUGGGGUCCGCCAACAUGCACGAGAUUGCAUCGCGCCAUGGAUUCUGGGACCCUGCGACAGAGUUUGACUUUGCAGUGGCAUUUGGGGCCAAACCAUCGGGGUGGCAGUACGGCAUCACCCGACGUGUAUGGCGCGUGCUCACGCUCGCCAACCCCCACCUAGACCUGUCCCCACUCACGGAUGGCUACGCCACGACAUAUCCAUUUUCCGUCCAGGUGGCCCAACCCCUCGCUGCCGCCGACCUCAUGCGAUUCCAUCGCGACCAUUAUGAAAACACCCCGUACGAUUUAACACAAGGCCCGGCCGCCGGACCGUACGGCAACCCCAACCGAUACGGUGUGGGGCAUGCCGCGCGCCCCGGGGGUCACUUUGAACGCGCGAUUUCGAUUUUCUCGGCUACGUAUACAUUUGUGGCGUCGAUCCACCCGACAAACGCCCACCUUGGGUUUCUCUGGUUUGGGCCGUACGCACCGCAUGCGACCAUGUACGUGCCGAUCUUUGCAGCGUCCACAGACGUCCCCCCGUCGGCAAGCCAGGGCUCCCUUCGGCACUUUAACAAAUCGGCUCUGUUUUGGUCCAACUUGGCAGUGGGCAAUUAUGCAUCUACUUGGUACAAGUUUGCUCGACCGGUGGUCGCAGCUGCCCAACAGGUCGUGGAAGCCGACGCUCUAGCUGCGCUGCAAACCGUGUACGAUGGAGCUCACUCGGUGCUGGCCAGCCAAGGCGAUGUCGCAGAUUUCCUCACGCGGGCGAGCCACACGUUUGCCGACAAGGGCUUGGCGGCGUCCCAUUCGCUUUUCGAUGCCCUUGUCACCCGCUUCCACGACGGCAGCAUCGUGUCCGACCUGACUGAAGCGUCGUUUACAGUGGCGUCAAUGGGGUACCCCCAGUCGUGGCUCGAUCGGGUCGGCUACUACGACGACAAUAUUACCACGAGCCAAUCGAUGGACGAAAACUGCAACGUGUACCUGUCGGGGUCUAUCGUGGGCUCGUUUUGUGUGCUGGUUGUCCUGGCGCUGGCGGGCGGAUUUCAUCUGGGCCAGCGAGCUAAUAGGAUGGGCAAAACCAAACGAGGGUAUGCGUACAUUCAAUAACCAAACAAUAUAAAACCACCACCAUCGGUGGUUCGUGUGAAUAUAACCA